CAGCCUUGCCCCUCUCUCCUUCACUUUGGUUUCUCCAUAUUUCAAAACCCACUUUACAGUCACUUUUGCUGAAGCUUCCCUUGUCUCGCUUUCUCUCUUCCUCUCUGAACAUUAUCACUGUCUCUUUGUCUCUCUCAUCUCUCUCUGCCUUCAUAGCUAGCUAGCCCUGGAGCCGGUUCAUGGAUAUUGAACCCUUGUGGGCUCUUGGGGGGUGGUUUCUUCUUCCAAAUUGCAUGGCCUCAGCACCUAAAUCCAUCUCUGAAUCCCACACAACAUCAACAAAGUUACACCCUUUGAUUCUCUCUCUUACCGUUGUUUUCAUUUUGCUCCUUCUUGUCACUCCAUUAUCAAACCCAUCAUCAAUGGCAUCGAAAAGGCUUCUCUUGGCCGAUACUACUACUACUACUACCACAAAUUUGCAGCCAAAGAAAGCCAAGAACUCGCACACGAGUACUUCUUCAACUUCGACUAGAGCAAGAUCAGAGUUUGGAGCUGAAGCUCAUGAAGUUCCUAGUGGUCCAAACCCCAUAUCAAACUAGCUAGACAAAGAUGAUAGACUACCACGACUCGAUGAAGAUCCUAACGGCAAGAGUUUAUUAUGGUUUGUCAAGAUCUUUCUGGUUGUUAAUUGUUUGAGUUUGCCGUUAAAACUGCCUUGUCCCAUCACUCAUGAGAGAUUUGUUACCUUUGUUGUUAUGGUCAUCAUAUUAAUUAGCAUUACCCCCUCUUUUGUUUUUUCUGGCUAGAGAUCAUGUAUAGCAAGAGACACUUUUUAUUAUAUUAUGUAAUAUCCAUCUAUCUAUAUAGUUUCACAUAUAGAUGAUGAUGGUACUAUAUAUGACUUCAUUGGGUGGUAUAUAUGGAUUUGUUUUUGUUUCUUA